AUGAGCAGCGACUGUGCGGUUAAACCUUCUACAGGUUGUCCACAAGUGAGCCAACAGUUCAAGUGUCUCCACGCAGCGUGUGGCGCCACUUUCUCCAAGCAAAGCAGGCUACGGCAGCACGAAGCAAGUCACACCGGGGCUCGUCCUUGGCAGUGCACUGUGAGCGGGUGCAAUGGUCGAUUCUCCCGGAAAUCACAUCUCCGUCGCCACUUAAGGCAACAUGAUGGUGUGAGACAAUUCAAAUGCGAGUUAGACACCUGCAAUAAAAGUUUCUUCCAGGCAGACCAUCUAAAGAGGCACAUGUGCUACACCCAUGGUGAUAAAGAAAAGUACUUCAAGUGCCCUCAGGCUGGCUGCUCCCUGACUUUCAAAAAGAGAUUUCGCUUCAAGGUGCACCUACAAGAACACGCCCUGACUGCCAAGUUCAAGUGUUCAAAGAAGGAAUGCGGUGCUAUGUUUGACUCCCGCAUGGCCCGAAAUGCCCAUGAGAAGAAGCAUGCAGGUUACCGCUGUCCAGAUGAAAACUGCAAGGUGGUCACUGUGACUUGGAGCAUGCUUCAGAAGCACAUGGUCAAACACCCGUCAACAUUUAUAUGCCAAGUCUGCAAAAAGGAGUUCAAGCAGGCCAACUCACUGCGCCAUCACAAGCGGGUCCACGCCACGCACAAGCCGGUGUUGGUGUGCCCCCGCGACAACUGCGACGCCUUCUUCUCCACCACCUUCAACCUGCAGCACCACAUCCGCAAGGUGCACCUGAAGCUCCUCAAGUACAAGUGCUCCUUCCCAGACUGCCCACGCACCUUUGCCAUGCGGGAGAGCAUGGUCAGGCAUUUGCAUCGACAUGACCCUGGUGUCGCCAUACCCAAGAAUCGUGACCGUCCCAAAAAGUGGUGGCAGAAGCGCGUGGAUGGUCGUCGCCUCCCCCUGAUGGAGGACAACCUCAACCGGCUGUUUGCUCUUCGCAUGCGCAUCUCACGCCGGGCUAAAGUGGAGGUGAACCUGGCGGGCCUGUUCAACGAGCGCAAGAUCCCGCACUACGUCGACCCGGAGGUCAAUCUGCGUGACCUGUUCAGCAUCAAGAGGCCGCCACCUACCCGUAACGAGGUGGCGCCGCUGCUGGGCUAAGUCAAAGCUAACUUGAUUUCUUUGAUUGAAAUUGGGUCUGUUUUUUUUUUCUUGGUUUAAUGUAAGUGCUUUACAUUGGUAUUUGAAUUUGUGCUUAAAUAUGACUAGUUGUCA